CCAUUUGGCUCAAGGAGUCGGCUUGGCCCGGCAGAGGUCAAAGAUCCCUGUCCUCUCGGGACGUCCGCGGCACCCCCAGUGAGCGCGGCGCCGCAGACCAUAACCUCCGACAACGCGCGCUCGCGCCUGCGCGCGAGGAGCGAAGCCGCAGCCAUGCGCUGCAGAGCAGUUUUUUUGCUGACGCUGGCUGGGCCACGGGCGGUGUGGGCUCAGAGUUAUAAGUUCUGCACCGACGGCAUUGCAGCUCCAGCGCUGAGGAGCGACGGCGGCAUUCCGAGCGUCGACGUGAUCUUGGCACAGGCGCCGCUUUUCUCGACGAACCCCCACAUCGGGGACCUUGGGAAGUAUUUCAGCGUGUUCCACACAGCCUUGGUGUUUGCGCAGGGCCAGGACGAGGGGCGCCGUUAUUGGACUUUAGAAUUUGACUUCACUGGUGCGAACAUCCUGCAGGGAAUCACGCCCGCGAUCAAUGGGACGACGCUCGCGUGGAGCAACGAUGCGAGGUUCUGCCUCAGCGACGGCAUCAAAUGGGGGUUGAAGCACUGGGAUCAGACUUAUGAAACGGUUGCAAGAGUAACUGCAGACAUGUGGACACGCACAUUCAACGAUUUGGUGCUUGCACGGAACCAGACGGAAUACGACAUGCCGCCUCAAUAUCAGUUGUGGCGCGUUGCCGAGGAGGAUUGGUUUGGACGAACAGGCAAGGUCUUUAUCGAGGACGUGACAUGUAACAACGGCCCGAUCUGGAUCUUCGAUUACAUGCAGAGCAAGCUAAACAUCACACUUCAGCCGAACUUCACGUUCCGGGGCACGCAGAUCAUAAUCAACGCGCAGAGCGUAGAGGAGGUGAACGUCAGCGAUCCUGUGCAAUGGCAGGCCGUCGUCGAGUACUAUCGGGGCAUGACCGAGAUGCUGAGCAGCAACGUGCGGAAGAUUGGGGCGUUCCUCGGCGCUUUCCACCAGCGGUUUGUUUACGACACCAACGCGAAGAAGUACUACAGACUGCACGGCAGCUCGCCCAGAUACCUCCGCGCGAGGUACGCGCCGUUUCCGCUCGCGCCCCCGCCGUGGGGCACUGCGCCUUCGCAGCUGGUUGCGUCCUCGCCAGCGGCAGGAGCGGGAGCCAGCCGUGCCAUCCAGAUCUGA